ACACACACACUCGCGCACGACCAAGAUAAUCGCCUGGCCUUGGUGAAGGUUAUAUAUUGUUAUUUUUUAGUUUGACAUUUGUUUACAUAUUUCUAUUGAAAAUAAAAAACUCACUGGUGCCUUAAAAAUACAAUAAUAUUUACAUAUUUAAUCAUGACAUCUUCAAAGGAUUUAAAUAUUGCCAGGAAAACUCUUCUUGCUUCACUUGGUGAAAAUAGUAAAUUGUACUUGGAAAAAAUGAAAUUAUGGUUUCAAAUGAAGACAUCAAAAGAGGAGUUUGAUUGUGAAGCAAGAAACAUCAUGACUGAGGAUCAAGUUCAUUUGCAUAAUGAAUUUUUAUUGUGUUUAUUUAACAAAGUUAGAGGAUUAGCAACAGCAGCACCUUCAAGACCACUUAAAUCCAACAAUACUCAUCAUUCACAUAUUGACAGGGAUAAAACAAACAAGGACAAGAGACUAAGAUUAAAAAGAAAAUACAAAACAGACAAAUCAAACUUUGAGCCAGCAGAUAUGUAUGUUGAAGUAUUGAGUCAAAUGUCAUCACCAGUUGGUGAUGAACCAAUUGGUGCAAAUCGUUCAAGUGCCCAAGAAUUAACACUACCUGAUAGAACAUUUGUUCUUGCAAGAUUAAUGCUAGCUGCUUGGGAAAAUAAUAUGGAUGGUGCUGAAGAAAAUACAGCUCAUAUUAUUAUUGCAGCAACUCAGGUAUUUUUAAAAAAUCUCAUAACAGCAAUGAUAACAAGAAGAAAAGGUUUUCUUGUUAGAGAUGAUACAUUUAUCUACAAUAUUGGCGAACCAGUGCCUAGUUCAUGGAAAAGAAAUACUAUUCAUAUGCCUGGUGGUAUUCAUUCAAAUCAUCCAACUGAUGUAAUUGAUCCCGAGGGUCAAGUUCCAUCAAUAAAAAAAAGUAUUGAUGAUAUUGAACAAGCAACAGCAUUUGCAAUGGCAUGUUCAUCACAAACUCUACCACCACAACUUCCACCAGUUGGUAUUGAUGAACUUCUUCACACAAUGAAAAUCCACAAAAAUCUCAUCAACAAUCAUACAAUAUAUGCAACAAAUAUGGAACGUUUAUUCAAUUAUUCGACACACACAACAUGGGAAGAUCUUGAGGCGAAAAAAAUGCUUUGUUCUUCCUAGAUAUAUUUUUUUUGU